CUUAUAUAAAAAGACAGACAUAUUACCGGUUGUCUUCACACACCUCCCAAAAUGGCGGCACUAAAGAGUUUCCUCGCGCUGGUGAUCCUCGGCGUCGCUCUUGCACAAGACGUUGAUAUCUGUAGUGAUGACGACAAGCUGUUGGAACAUGGUGCGAUGUUCAGGAUCUACGAGCAGGAUUGUGCUAAAUAUUACUGGUGUGUCCUCGGCAAACCCAUUGCUCAGAAUUGUUCACAAGGAACGCUGUUUGAUGCGGAAGCGAUGGGAUGCUUGGGGUGCGACGUCGUUGAUUGCAACAACCGACCUUAUGAUCCCAUUCAUUGUUUUAGAGAGCCGGAGACGACUGUGGACGUUAAUGCUACAACAACCCCAGGCCCCACGCCACCGCCAGAACUACUGGGAGGUGAUUGUAAAGAUUCCAGAGGAUUGACCCUGUACGCCCUGACAAACACCACCAAGGCUUACAUGGAUGCGGCGGAUGGGAAUUACGAGAUAGUUUCUUGCGGUCAUGACGAGUUCAGCAUCACGGACUGUGAAUGUGUGAGGCCAGGAGUGAUCAGAGCAAAGCGCAAGGAGAUCUUACUGAAUUGUGAGGGCACCGUGACAGAGUCUAGUAAGGUUUGGGUGGGUGCCUACGGCAAUGUCUCCUUGGAAGACUACAACGCACAGGCAGGGGAAACAAGCUGCAGGUUUCUGGCAGGUCACUUGGAGAUCCCCCACUUCAUGAACAGAGCGUUCAAACGCUUCACGAUCGCCUUCUUUUACCUCCGCGACGCCACGGGAGGAGGGCGUAUGGGGCUCGUGAACAACGGGCGUGCCACCACCGCCCCGUCUGUGCAGAUAUAUUCAGAAGUGAACGGUCUUGGUGGCUCCAUAAUGACCAACUCCUCUGAAUAUACCUUUUAUAUUGAUGGUACUAAGGCUGACUCACGGUUAGAUGAUGGCAUAUGGCAUCACGUUGUCAUGGCAUGUAAUGGCAGCACACUGCUCAUUUACAUCAACGGAGCCGAGAGAGUGAAAAUUAACAUGGAUGGCCAGCCCAGACAAAUGAAGGACUCACCUAUGGUGAUUGGAGUUGAUCGUUACGCUGACGUCACAGGGAACUUUAGAGAUACUUACUUCAAAGGGCUAAUGGAUAAUAUUGUUUUCUACGACGUGGACCUCGGCGAGUACGACGUCAGCAGGUUAUACGGCCGGGAAGACGUCCCCUCCCCAAAUCCUGACCAGUACAGCAACCCUAGUGCGGUAUAGUGUUCUGAGCAGACGCAGAGGACAGAAAGACGCCAUGGACGCUGUAUGCUGUAAGAGUGACAAUAUUCCAGGGACAUUUAUGUUGUUUUAUUACCUACAUGACAGGCAAACACCUUAUAUGUGAAUUUUCAUUCAACAGAUUUUCUUUGGGUUGUGUCAUAUCUUCAACAAUGGCAUAAAUCAGCUGAGAACUGGACUUAAACAAGCGUUUACACAGUUUAUUAUUGAAGCUGUUGAGGAAGUUUUGAGUUUCUUCUUUGCUUUGCCUUUUCGUUGUCGCAAUAUGCUGUACAACAAUUUAAAGAUUAAAAAAUGAAAAAUA